UGACGUGUUUCCGGGUUGAGGCAUCCAUCCAAGCGAGGACCGAGAAGAGAGAACGGGAGUGUCACUGUUUAUUAAAGUUAAAUAAAUAAAAUAAAAAAAACAAACCAAAAGAACAACACCACCAAGGACAUCUUUUCUGACAACUCAGGUGUUUUCCUCCAGGUCAUCAUGGCGUCCGGCAGCUCAAGCACCGAGGAGGAGAGGAGCCUGCGGGAGUGUGAGCUCUACGUGCAGAAGCACAACAUCCAGCAGCUGCUGAAGGACUGCAUCGUGCAGCUGUGCACGUCCAGGCCAGAGCGACCCAUGGCCUUCCUCCGGGACUACUUCGAGAGGCUCGAGAAGGAGGAGGCCAAACAGAUUCUCAGCCAGCAGAAGUCCGGUUCUCGCUCCGAUUCCCGCGAGGACGAGAUUUCUCCUCCCAUGAACCCGGUGGUGAAAGGUCGCCGUCGCCGUGGCGCCAUCAGCGCAGAGGUUUACACCGAGGAGGACGCCGCAUCCUACGUCAGAAAAGUCAUUCCGAAAGACUACAAAACAAUGGCUGCUCUCGCUAAAGCGAUCGAGAAGAACGUGCUGUUCUCCCACCUCGAUGACAACGAGAGAAGCGAUAUAUUCGAUGCUAUGUUUCCUGUGAACUACAUCGCCGGAGAGACCGUCAUUCAGCAAGGUGACGAGGGCGACAACUUCUACGUGAUCGAUCAGGGUGAAAUGGACGUGUACGUGAACAACACGUGGGUGACGAGUAUCGGAGAAGGCGGCAGUUUCGGCGAGUUGGCGCUGAUUUACGGCACUCCGAGAGCGGCGACCGUUCGAGCCAAAACCAACGUCAAAUUGUGGGGCAUCGACAGAGACAGCUACCGGAGAAUACUGAUGGGGAGCACUCUGAGGAAGAGGAAGAUGUACGAGGAAUUCCUGAGCAAGGUGUCCAUUUUGGAAUCCCUGGAUAAAUGGGAGAGGUUAACGGUGGCCGACGCUCUGGAGACAGUGCAGUUCGAGGACGGGCAGAAGAUCGUCGUCCAGGGCCAACCCGGAGACGAGUUUUUCAUCAUCCUCGAGGGAUCUGCAGCGGUGCUUCAGAGACGCUCCGAGAACGAAGAGUUUGUAGAAGUGGGCAGACUCGGCUCCUCCGAUUACUUCGGUGAGAUCGCGCUGCUGAUGAACCGUCCUCGCGCCGCCACCGUGGUCGCACGCAGCCCUCUGAAGUGCGUGAAGCUCGACCGUCCUCGGUUUGAGCGUGUGCUCGGACCCUGCUCCGACAUCCUGAAGAGGAACAUCCAGCAGUACAACAGCUUCGUCUCUCUCUCCGUUUGAAUCUCUCUCUCUCUCUCUCUCUCUCUCUUCUCUUUCACCUCCUCUGUUUAUCGCAGGGUCCAGCUACGCUUUAUUUUCUUACUUGUGUACGUUUCGUUCGUGCUCGCCGUGCGUGCGUGCGUGCGUGCGUGAGUGUGUGUGUGUGCGUGCGUGCGUGCGUGUGUUGUCGAUUUAACCUCGUAUUCUCGAACGUAGAGAUGUAAAGUGAAGCUGCCGAAACAGGAAGUCGACCAGAAACUACUCUCCUUAACAGUUAUUCUGUUCAUGUAAAUGUGACUAUUUAUUUCUCUGCAGCGUUCAGGGCGUGACGAGUCCCGAGACAAGGCUGCUCGGUACAUCCAUCCAUCCAUCCAUCUAUCCGUUCGUUUCUUUUUAAUUUAUUGCGUUUUUUUUUUUUUCUUUGUUCAGCCGUUCAAACCAUUUCAGAGUAUUUAGCAUCUGGCUUUAGUUCCACCGAGAUCACUUUCAUCUUUUUUCACAUUCUUGUAGUAGAUCUUCAUACGUUUUCCACAUAUAUGUGUGUGUGUGUGUGUGUGUGUGUGUGUGUGUGUGUGUGUUGUAGCUUAAUCUGAUAUUCUCAAACAAAACGUUGAAACAGGAAGUCAAAUAUUACAAAAAAAAAAAAAAAGACAGAGAGAGACUCCUCUUCUUUACAGAUGAGCCUGUUAACUCGUUUAUAGGUACAAUAGAUUUGUUUUAUUAUAUUUAAGCUUACUGUUACUAAAUCCUGGCGUUCCAUCCAGGGUGUAUUCCCACCUCGAACCCACUAUUCCCGGGACGAGCUCUGGAUCCGCCGUGAUCCUGACCAGGAUAACCGCUUUGCAAGCUAGGGCUGGGUGAUGUACCGAUAUCGUACUGCUCUCGUAACAUAUCGCUAUAUUGAUAUGAGGUGGUCAUAUCGCCCAGCCCUACUGCUCCGGUUACUUUUUGUUCCAAAGGGUUGCUUCUCUGACGAAGAACUCGAUGACGUUUAAAGUCUAAUAUCAAUCAGAUGAAACUUACAAGAGGUUACAAUAACCUAAGUGAAUGGGGGGGGGGGGGGUUAUACUCUGUUUAACCAAUUAAACAGACCAUCCAGCGAUUAUGAUAUAAUAUAAACACUGGAAGAACAAAACCUUCAGGGAGAAAUUAUUCAAGAUCCUUGUCUUUUACUGUUUUCUGUACUUUUUUUUUUUUUUUUUUUCCUUUUCAAAAUCAAUUCCUAAUGGCUGAGAAAAUCGUAAAAUAUGAGUUUGUUUAAUCGUAAUGAAACCAAGCCCACCUUAAGGUCUUAAUUUUCUUUGUGUUGUCUUUUCCAAUCUUGAGUUUUGGGCUUCAGUGAAGAUCAGGAAUCACCGAUUUCUCUCUCUUUUCGAAUGACGUGAUUUAUUUGGAAGUGUUCAGAGCGCGACGAAUCCCAAGACGAGGCUGUAAACUGAGCGUUCUCAAGUUUGCGCCCUUUAGCAGUGUUUACAAUUCAUUUUGGGCUGGUGUGUGUGUGUGUGUGUGUGUGUGUGUGUGUGUCUUGUUGGUUCUGUUUGUUCUCUCGAGGGUACUGAAGUUGAAUCAUUUAAACACUCUGUGUGUGUGUGUGUGUGUGUGUGUGUGUGUACUGUAGCGAUCCGCUUUGCUCCUUAUUGUUCUUUAUUGCACAUAUAUAGCAGAAGUAAAUGAUAGUAAAUCACCAUAACUGUAUUUUUUGCACACUUUGUUAUAUACUGAAAUUGAAAUAUUAAGAUUCUCUCUCUAAAUAUAUAUAUAAAUAUAUGUGGCGCUUAUUUUGCAUUAUUAUUGGUCCUGUUGUUUUUGUUUUGUUUUCUUUUGCUUGCUGUACUCUCCCUUCACUUCAACUGUAUAUCCAAAACCGCACCCUUUUCACUACGUAGUGCACUAUUUUUCUAUAUCCAGCACACGAAAUCCCACUAUGGCCCGCAAUAGGUUAAACAAUCCAAAACACCAAAUACCGUCGACAUCUACACAUGUGGCAUACGUGGUGUAGUGAAUAAAGUCUCUAGUUUGGGACACGCCCACAACGGACUAGUGGUGAGGUGUUUAUGUAGCGAGUGUGUAUCGCGACACGUCGACGGUAGACCGCUCGUUCUGUCGUGGUGGUUCCGAGGCGAAUAAGGUGUGGUUUGGAACAUGUCCGUAGUAGAUUAAUAUAGAGGAGGCCACACUAGCGAAUAGGGUGUGUGGUUUGGGACACCUCCAUAAUAGACUGAUCAGGGAGAGGUGUUCGUGGCGUCUAUCAAGCCUUGUAUAUUAAAUAGGGAGCGGUUCGGGACAUUUCCACAGCGGACUGAUGAUGCUUAGACAUUUUAGAUGGUGGUUAGUAAACUGGGUGUGGUUUGGGACACGCCCACAGUGUCGUCUCUAUAGUGGAACGGAGACAUUUCAGAUGUCUCAUUAGUGAAUAGGGUGUGGUUUGGGACACGUCCACAGCGGAAUAGUGACGCGUUUGCGUACGGAAUAGGGGAUAAAUCUCAGUUUUUUUUACCUCACGGUGCUUCUGUUCUUCAUAGCAGAGUUUUGUUUGGGUGUUGCGGGUUUGUUGUCCACAUUUCUCGAGUAACUGCUUUGGAUUAACGGAGCGAAGCGUCGCGGAGUGAACUUUAGCACACGUGCGGUACUGUGUUUUUCUUUUUAAGGUCCUCGUAACGUAAUUGUGUUUGGAUUAUAAACACUGUGGAGCAGAAAGCGAACUCGUCGUUACCGUAACAACAGAAUAGCUUUUAUUUAGUAUGGUCUAUGGUCACUUCAUUUUAUAACAUGUUUAAAGUAGCAGUAUGUAACUUUUUUUUUUUCCUUUUUUCUUUUUUUUUUUUUUUUUCUAAAAAUGAAAUACGUAGUUCUUUCAAGUCGGCCUAAAAGUCUCAAAUAAAUUUAGAGCUGUCGGAUGGGACUCUUACGUUGUAAACCACCAUGUGCACGCCUCCAAAUAUUCCCAAUAGUUACAUACUGCAACUUUAAUACAGAAUGUUUAUAUAGCAAACAUUUUUGUAUAGUAUUAAACAGGACAGUGAAUUAUGGUUCUCCAAACAUCGUACUGUAUUUCUCAACACUGACUGAGGAAACUCAAGCUGAAAACGUGUGUGUGUGUGUGUGUGUGUGUGUGUGUGUGUGUGUGUGUGAGUGAGAGCUGCAAACCCAUAUAAGAGUCUCUUUACACUCGUGUCGGAUAAUUUUAGGUUGUGGAAGUGCCUGAUUUCUUUAUUUUCAAAAGUUCCUUUAGCUUGAGUGUCGCUUUUGAUAAACGCAAAUCUAUCAGUCUGUGGGUUUGAGCAUAGGAUAAAGUCUCGUAUCGCAAUAAUCGCCCCACGUCUUAUCACAGUUUUACAACGCAACAUGUUCUUGUUCGUCCCUUCAUCUUCUGUAAGUUCCUUAUGGUGGUCCGAGUCGCUUUGGUUUAAAUCCUUCAUUCGUUUAUGUCAUGCGAAAGAGAAUCAUUUAGAAAACGUUCGUUAGAAAAUAUGGCGGGCGGGUACAAACGGUAAUGACUGCAGGGAAUUCCGGGAUUGGUCGAAAGUUUCGGCACGAAAGGGUGGGGAUUGUUCAAAGCUUCUGCAGGGGCAGGAUUGAAGUGCGGUCUUGUUCAUGUCGCAUAACCGCACGUUCACACUAGCAAACGCUAUUACAAAACGCAGUUAUGACGUGGUAAAGCUUCAAAUGCAGACGAUUGGCUCGAAGGAUUUUUAAACGAAAUCGGUGCGUAUCGAUCGUAAAUGGGCCUCGAGACAAACUAGCAUGGGGGACAAAAUGGUGGCUCCAGUUCACGAAUGAGCAUCUAAAAACGUAGCGAUAUGACAUAAAGACAUCGUGAACUGUGUUAAACAGCUACGCGAUUAUUGCGAUGUGAAAAUGUAACAUUGGCAUUGUGUAUUAAUGAAACAGUUUUGUUUUUUUUAUGAUGAUGACUGACUGACUUUAGUGUCACACCAUGUGUUUUAUUUCAUGUAGUAUAAUACUGACUGAACAUCCUGGAUUUCCUACAUUUGUAAAAAAAAAAAAAUUUAAGCAGAACCUUGUGAAAAGAACCAGAUGUGAUUUUCUUACGUUGUUCCCUCACGUCGAUUUUCUGCAGUAUUUGAUUUUAGGAAACGGCUCUCGCGAAUUUGUGACGCGUUUAUAGUUUAGAGUUAAAUGAUUUUCUGUGCAUUGCGUAGUGCUGCAACGACAUGCUGUUUAUUUCUGAUGAUGAUGAUGAUGAUGAUGAUGAUGAUGAAACGUUCACGGCUCCCUCUGUAAGUGGCCAUAUUGGUCCCCUUAACCACCAGAACACACCUCCCCUUGUGCAUUAGUCAUUCCCAUGUAUUCUUUUCAGAGCUAUAGUAUGGAUAAAAGCUGAUAUGAUGUGAUCAUGGCUGAGUGUCCAUCUGCGCUGCUCUUGAGCUUUGCUGAGGACCAUUUUCUCUUCUCUGUUUCAGUGAUGUAUACAGUUUUUUUUUUUCUUUUUUUUUUCUUUUCUUUCCAUCCCUUCUUAUCGUGCUGAUGUUGUAACCCUUUUUGGUAUCGAUCAUCCUAAUGGCAGGCCAAGCAAUAAAAAAAAAAAUUCUUAAACAUG